UGUUGAUGCUGGAAAGAAGAUGGCGGCGUGUGGAGGCGAUGGCCGCGGUUCCGGUUUUCUGUCGUCCCGCAGGGCGCUGGUCCUGCUGGCGGUGCUUCUCUGGGGCGGCGCUGCCUGGGCCCGCGUACACCACCUUGUCCUCAAGGAUGAUGUGCGGCAGAAAGUUCAUCUCAACACGUUCGGUUUCUUCAAGGAUGGCUCCAUGAUGGUCAAGGUCCACAACCUCUCAGUUGACAAAAGCUGCCUGGUGGGAUUCACUUUAGACCGGACACGGAAUGAUGGAUUCUCCACUUACCUGGAUGAAAAAUUGGACUAUUGCAUUCUGAACAGUACAUUGCAUGAUGUUUCUCUCAAAAUCCUACUUGUGAACUUCACAGAUUUUAGUGUGAAAAUCAAGCCCAAAGUCGAAACGGCUGAGCUGCCCAAAAUCGUCUUUGUCGAUGGGACUGCACCGUCAGGGACCACUCCAGUUAAGGGCCUGUUGGCAGAGGAGCCACCACCUCAGAACACUGAGACGAAGCAGGCACCCCCCAAAAGUGUGACAGCAACCCAGGUGGCUGCUGAGAAUUCGCACCCCUAUCGGAACAUACCAGGUGGCCUUUCUUUUCAGUUUCUUUUCAACGUCUCAGAGAGCCAGGAAGGCCUUUACAGCCUCCAUUUCCACAAAUGCAUCGGCAAGAGCCUGCAGAGCAAGCCUUUCAGCCUUGACAUAGAGAUUCAAGAGAAGAAUCCUGGCAGCUACCUCUCAGCAGGAGAAAUCCCUCUCCCCAAGCUCUAUGUUUCCAUGGCACUUUUCUUCUUCAUCUCAGGAGUAGCAUGGAUCCACAUCCUUCGGAAGUGCAGGGCAGACGUGUUCAAGAUUCACUGGCUUAUGGCAGCUCUUCCUUUCACCAAAUCCCUUUCUUUGGUCUUCCAUGCAAUCGACUACCACUACAUCUCCACCCAAGGCUUCCCCAUUGAAGGCUGGGCCGUGGUCUACUACAUCACUCACCUGCUGAAAGGCGCCCUACUAUUCAUCACCAUCGCCCUCAUUGGCACCGGCUGGGCCUUUAUUAAGCACAUUCUUUCUGAUAAGGACAAGAAAAUCUUCAUGAUUGUCAUCCCACUGCAGGUCCUGGCAAAUGUGGCCUACAUCAUCAUAGAGUCAACAGAAGAAGGCACGACAGAAUACAGCCUGUGGAAAGAGAUCCUUUUCCUGGUAGACUUGCUUUGCUGUGGGGCCAUCCUGUUUCCAGUUUUAUGGUCAAUAAGACACUUACAGGAGGCUUCUGCAACAGACGGCAAAGCUGCCAUUAACCUAGCAAAGCUGAAGCUGUUUAAACAUUACUAUGUCAUGAUCGUGUGUUACAUUUACUUCACGCGGAUCAUUGCCAUCUUCAUCAGGAUCGCCGUUCCGUUCCAGUGGAAAUGGCUUUAUCAGGUCCUGGAUGAAACAGCCACCUUGGUGUUCUUUGUCCUAACGGGAUACAAGUUCCGGCCUGCCUCGGACAACCCUUACUUACAGCUCUCUCAGGAUGAUGAGGACGACUUGGACAUGGAGGCCGUGUAA